GAUCAUCAGAAAUAACAAUUCCAUUAGGAAUAGAAUUUGAUAACCCAGAAGUAAUAUUACUCGCAGAACAAAAGAAUAGGGACUUAGUUAAAGAUUUAGAAGAAGAAUACAGUUAUACUACGAAUAGAGCAUUAAAUCUAGAAAGAAAAGACUUUGAGAAAAUACAAGAAUAUGAACAACGAAUCUUAAUAGAAAGAUUCGCUCAACAAAUAGAAUUAUGUAAAAGCGAACUAUUACGAGAACAAUAUCAAGCAAAAUAUAGGAAACUAUUGGAAGUAUCUCUAGAAAACUUAGAUAAAAUGUAUAACGUAGAAGACGAAGAAGAACGAAUGUUCCAAGAACAACAAAGAGCCAGACGUCAAGAGCAAACAAUAUCCAGAACAACGACAAGACCAAGCUUACCCACAUCACCAACCUUCUUUGAUAAAGCAAAGGAAUAG